UCGGUGUUUUGUCUGCGCGCUAGAUGCGUCCCCUCGCAGUCGCGCAGAGAUUCAUCUGGGCGCUGUUUCUGGGGGGAGGGGAUCGCGUCGAAGAAAAGAAAAUAGCGCAAGUAAGAAGUUGGAGACAAAAGAGGAAGGAGUCGGAGGCGAAGUUUAGAGGGACGCGCGCACGUGGAUGAAAGAGCUCGUUUUAACGCGUAACUUUAACGUUAACUUUUGACAAGUCCCCGAACGUGCCGAUGAGACUCUUUAACUGUAACUGUACGACUCGAUAACAUGUAAAAGUUGGACAGACGCGGCUUUUCGGGGUUUUCUUCUGGAUCAUGAUGGAAAAUCCGAGGAAGAGCUGGAAGUUCUUGAGGGAGUCGCUCAUUCUGUGCUUAUUAUCCGGUCGAGGGAAUGCCGAGUGUGACAGUUGUAUCGAGUACUGUUGUGAUGGUGUACCUCCUUUCUGCUGUUCUUACUAUGCCUAUGUUGGAGAUGUGCUCUCGGGAACAGCCAUCUCUGGGAUCGUGUUUGGUGUUGUGUUCCUAAUGGGCGCGGCGGCCGCCAUCUUUCUUUGCAUCUGUAUGUGUGUGAAGAACGGGCGAGGGGCGAGAGUGGGCGUCUUCAGUACCUCAUAUAUCGACACAGUGACUCAGGGUUACCCAGGCCCGCCUCCCCCUUACAGUUAUGAUUAUGAGAUGUACCCCCCAGAUCUGCGGCCGCCACCGUACACACCGACUCCACCCAGAGAAACAAACUCUCCUCCUCCUCCGUAUCCAGGAUACAAUAGAAAAUGAGCUGAGAUGAGCGUGUCGUGGCGGGUGAUGAAUGAAACGCCUGUAUGAGCUGAAACAGCCUUGUCACCUGUAUGAGCCGGUACCUGACCGUGGCUGUGAGGGAUUUGAGAAUCCAUCAUAACAGUCACAUAGAGACUCUUACAACGGGAUGUGAACAUUUUUGAUGGCAUGGACUUCUACUGAAGACUCUUCUACUGAACCCUUAUAUCAUUGAGAAUAGGACAGCAUGACAACCCAACUCAUAUGACUUGAGCUAACAAAUGUAUUUUACUGUGAAGCAAUUUAUUCCAAUUUAACUAUGUGUUGUCUUUGGCAUGAAUUGAAAAUACAGUGAAAUCACUGUUGUGUUAUUUAUGAAAAUAAGAUUGAUUAUUGUUGUGCACACAGUUCCUACAUGAUGUCUGUGUCAUGUAAGCACACAAUACUGAUCAACAUUGAUUUUGUCUGCUGGGGAAAACGUUAUGACUAUUUAUUUAUUCACGUGACCAUUAGUACAUUAAUUGGGACCUUGAUGUGUUAUAAAAUAAACUGGGUGCAAUUUCUUUUAAAAUGAUAAAAACACAUUUUCUGACCCAUUUACAAGGAAGAUCACUUUAAAUGUGUGUUUAACUUUUAUUAAAAUGUAAGUUUCUCAAAAAUAUAUUGCUUUGUUAUUAAAUAAAAAAGAUAACGUCCUAUAAAUUAGAGAUAAACUGCAGUUUGAUAAAUGGACACAUGGUGGCAGCAAAGAAAAUAAAACCGUAAAUAAUA